CCACUGUGGGUCAAGGUUUCUGUGGGCUCGAGUUGCACCGGCGCAGGCUUCCUCGUGGAAGGCCCGCAGGCGUCUCAGCUCGACUUGUUUUCCUCUGCACGUCCAAUGGCACGCGGGUCCGCGAUCCUGCUCGUCCUGGCCCUGGCGGCAGAGGCCGCAGAGGCAGUCACCACCGAGACGACCACCGCGAGUGCAUACAGCGAGUCGUGGGUCUGUGACCAGUGUUGCUGGAACUCAGAGGACGACGAGCCUUUCCCGCACAACCCAGACUACAUGGACUGCAUGUCGAUCUACGGCCACCGCGAGUGGAAGGACGGCCUGUGGAUCCCGGAAGGCGGCGAGUGCCCCACAUGUACGUCUUUUUGUGGUUGCAGGUGGUGCGGGGCAGAUGAGGGAUGCGUCUCAGAACAGAGAUCGACGGAUGCGAACAUCUAUUUCUCGGUACCUGCAUUUGUCGUGUUGUUCCGGGAGAGUCUCGAGGUUGUCUUGGUUUUGGUCAUCAUGCUGCAGUUCUUGAAGAAGAGCCAGGCAAACGGGACCAUCACGGAUGAGCAACACACAACGUUUCGGCGUGAAGUGUACGUUGGAGCCAGUAUUGGGUUCCUUGCGUGCGUUGCGAUGGGUGUGGGCAUACUUGCUCUGAUAUCUUUAGCCCUGAGGGACGUCAAAGGCGAGACACACCUAAUAUUGGAAGGAAUAUUGAUGUUGAUCACUUCGUGCAUCCUGAGCUUCAUGGCAGUGAACUUCUACAAGAUGAUGUAUGCCAAGGAAGCUCACGAAAGAAAGAUGACCAAGAUCAUGGAGCAGACAUUGGAAGCUAGCACCGCUGCACAGGACGAAGCUGGACGAACGAGCGCCUCCUUCGCCAAGAAACACACGUUCUUCAUGUUUGCAUUCAUGACUGGGCUGCGGGAAGGUCUGGAGUCGAUCCUCUUCCUAUCCGCUAUCGUGGUUGAUGCGAAGGACCUGUCUUCGCUCCCAAUUCCCAUCAUCAGUGCGAUCAUCCUGGCCAGGAUCGUGGGCUGGUGCUUCUUCACAGGGACACAGAGGAUGCCUGUGACUCUGUUCAUGAAGUUCUCUGCGGUACUCCUGCUGUUCAUUGCCGCCGGAUUCUUCUCCUCGGCCACGCACAAUUUCCAGGAGCUCGGCGUGUUCGGGACGUGGAUUCCGAGAGCGGAGCGCCCGUGGCAGAACUCGGGGGUUUUCGACGCCAGGGAGUGUUGCGACGACAUGGGGAACAAGUUCUGGGUGUUCAUGCGAGCCAUGUUCGGCUGGCAGGACCAGCCGACCCCCCUGGAGUUUUUCGCGUACGGCCUCUACUGGGUGCUCGCUCUCGUCCUAGGCGGCCUGCUGCUCCAGAGGGCGAAGAGGCAGCUCGAGAGGAUGAAGGAGUCCUGGCGCCAGGCCGACGAGCAGAAGGCCAGAGAUGCCGAGACAAACGGCGCAGCCCGGCAGAGCACAGCGCCGCCCCAGUAG